AUGCAAUAUGGUCUCAAACAUGCUAUUCUUGAGCACGCUCUCCCUCACACCUCCGACACAUACUGGAACCAAUUCGAGAAGGUCUCUGAGUACAAUGUACACCUCAACUAUUUCGAGAAGCUGUGGAUGGCCUGGUAUGCGUACAUUGGCAACGACGUCCUCGCCACUGGUAUCAUGUCCUUCUUGAUGCACGAACUUGUCUAUUUCGGCCGCUCUCUUCCCUGGAUCAUCAUCGACUGCAUUCCCUAUUUCAACAAGUACAAGAUUCAGAACGUACGUCGAACAAUUGCCUCUGUUGCGCCGCUCAACCAGCAUACUGACAUGAUCACCAGCANNAAAAUCCCUACUGCCGCUGAACAAUGGCAAUGCGCCAAGCUCGUUCUGUUGAGCCACUUCACUGUUGAGCUUCCUCAGAUUUGGUAA